CGAUUCUUGGUCAAGUAACGGGGAACAGGGCACCCGGUGGUGAAGCCAUAUCACAAGUUUUCUUAAAAAAUGUCGGUGUUAUUGUUAUGAUUGACCAAUACAAAGAGACAUUUAUAAAGUUUAUUGCCGUUUCGCGUCAAUGGAGGGCUUUGCAUCAUGAUGUCCAAACGCGCACCAAGUGACAGGCAAAGUUUCAAACUCUUCUUGCAGACAACUUAAAAGUUGAAUGGGAUCGGAAUAACACCAAGGAAGGCGGACAUGAACUUCGGCGUACCCGCUAACUCGCUGCUUCUCCUCAGUGCCUGCGAUGAGGGGGACUACGAAACGGCAAGGGGGAUUUUGGAGCCCGGAGCCUCCAAAGAUUCGGGAAGGCAAAGCAGACUGCGGUCGGACGCAGGCUCGGAGUGCAACACGGCGGAUUUGUUGUUGUCUCUUGUACCGGUGGACUGCACGGACGAGGAGGGGAACACCGGCCUGCAGUUUGCUUCUGCCAGCGGUCAUGAAAACUUGGUCCGUUUUUUGCUUCGAAAGGGAGCCUCGGUGGAUAGCCGCAACAAUUAUGGCUGGACGCCCCUCAUGCAGGCUUCUAGAUUUGGUCAUUUGACCGUCGCCCACAUCCUAUUGGAGAAUGGGGCAGACAUUAACGGACGGAACCGGCUGGGUGCAAGUGUCCUGACCAUGGCCGCGCGUGGGGGACACACGCAUGUCGUGAAGCUUCUCCUGGAGAGCGGCGCCUUUGUCGACGACUUCGAUCACCUGGCCGCGGCGGCGGAGGUUGUCCCCAAUGAAAAUAACAACAACAGCUGCAGUGCGGUUGGUUUUGGAGCCGGUGAAGGCUGCGCAGGAGGCGUGCGGGAUUUCAUGGACGUCACCGCUCUGAUGGUGGCGUCUCAGCACGGCCACGAAGCCACAGUGCGCCUGCUGCUGGAGUGGGGCUCCGAUGUCCGCUUUGCACAGAAGACCACCGGUUGGGGUCCACUGAUGGUGGCUACACUCAGCGGGAAGGUGGCUGUGGCCCAGCAGCUGGUGGAGCGUGGUGCCGAUCCAGAUCGAGUCAAUGUGUUGUCCAAGACGGCGUUUGAGCUUGCCAUGCAGCUAAAACAGAGAGAUCUCAAGGCCUACCUGGAUUCCAUCACUACUGUUCGACCGCAGACUGAUGAUGAAAGACGAAGACCAGAUGUGUUCAGUGCCCUCAAACUGGGAAAUUCCCAGUUGGUCAAGGAAAUUCUGGAGGAAGAUCCCACUCAGGUGAAUUCCUCCAAUCAGGAGGGAGCGUCACCACUGAUGAUGGCGGCCGUGAGCGGUCAGUUAGAAGUCGUGCAACUGAUGGUGGAGAAGAAAGCUGACAUCGACAAACAAGAUGGAGUCCACGGAUGGACCGCUUUGAUGCAGGCGACAUAUCACGGAAAUAAAGAGGUUGUCAAAUAUCUGCUGAGUCAAGGGGCUGACGUCAACCUUCGAGCAAAGAAUGGAUACACGGCUUUUGAUUUGGUCAUGCUGCUGAAUGAUCCAGACACUGAGCUGGUGCGUCUGUUAGCAUCAGUGUGUAUGCAAGUGGACAAGGAAAGGUCCAAACACCGUGGCAGGAAUUCAGUGGGUCAUUCCAAAGGCAGGCAUGCUCUCAAUAAUGCCCCGGUACCACCUGAUGACAAAGGAGGCCUCAAGUCGUGGUGGAAUAGGAUGUCCAAUCGGUUCCGGCGGCUGAAGCUGACUCACACCCUGAGGCAUGGCCUUUUGUCCAACCGACUGGCUCCGUUCCCUGAUGACGCAGAAACCUCCUUGGACGCCACCAUGAAAGCUGAUGUCAAACCUGCAAGUUCUGCUCACGCUGUAUCGGCACCCGCUGGUACCCAGGGAGUAAGUGACAUCAGUGCCGUCUGGGCAGUCAAGAGCAAGGACACAGGUCUAUGCAGGGCGUCGUCAGAAAAGGAGGAUAUGCUAAUUACCACAAUGCUUCGAAGUGGCGCUCCCCUUACCAGGCUACCUAACGACAAGCUGAAGGCAGUGAUCCCUCCCUUCCUGCCCCCAUCCAACUUUGAAUCAUGGAACUCAGACCGCUCACACCUCCUCAGAGAGGGCAAAAGUGAAACACCCCGGCUUCCGAUGCCUCCACAGAGAAAGUUGAACAGCAGCGGCAACUCUGAUAUUACGUCUAUCAGUCGAGUGGUGAGCAGGUCCAUUAAGUUUCCCGGCAUUCCCAAGGGGCCCUCGUCCUCAUCUCCUUCUAAUUCUGGCCAUUAUCACUCGCCUCACUCCUCCGGGGGCUCCAAUGGAGUGGCCGGGCUCAACCGGGACAUGCACAACCGCUCAGGGGGCAGUGCAGACGGUGUUUUGGCCCAGAUAGCUGCACAGCGGAAGAAGGCUGCAGGCCUGAUCGACGUGAAGACUCAACCUCCUGAGAAACAGCACAGUCAAACUUCAAGUCCAUUUCCGGCCGCCAGCAUGCCAACACCUGAUAUGAGUUUCCAUGACACCCACUCCCCCCAUAAUCUGGUCACCUCAGACAUCUCUUCAAGAAGGAAGAUGGAUUUGAAGAGGAGACCUCAGUCUGGGAAUUCGUCCACCUCCAAAAGCACAUCGCCCACUCUCACACCAUCACCCUCCCCGACCCCAAAGCCUCCCGGUUGUCAAGGAGACUCCUUGUCCUCGGCGUCCUCCCAUCCUCGCUCCAAGAGCAGUGGAGGCUCCAGCAGCGGAACCAUCACCGAUGACGAUGAGUUGUCAGGUAUCUUAAAGAAGUUAUCCUUGGAAAAAUAUCAGCCCAUAUUUGAGGAACAGGAGGUGGACAUGGAAGCUUUCUUGACGCUAACCGACGGCGACCUGAGAGAACUGGGCAUUAAAACCGAUGGACCGAGACAACAAAUCUUGGCAGCCAUAUCAGAGCUCAACGCUGGGAAGGGUCGAGAAAGGCAGAUCCUUCAAGAAACCAUACACAACUUUCAGUCCUCCUUCGGCAGCAGUGCCAGUAACCCGAGACCACCUGGAAAGCCACGCUCUCCAACUAAUUGGAUGAGACACCAGGUCCGUUCCUCCAGUAAGAGGUAACUCUGAAUGGAAUGCACUUAUAUAGCGCUUUAUCUACACUACAUGGUGCCUGGCAUUCACACACACAAACACACACACACAUUCAUAAGCUGCUGCCACCCAGGAAAGUUUGCCGGUUGCAAGACUGCCACUAAAAUGUGCAACUAUGAGGAAAACAAAGGGAGUGUAAGAAAAUGGGAUAUUGGGACGCUUGAGUAUUUUAUGUCUUCAGUAACAGACCAAUCAAGUGUGCCUGAAAUAAACAUUUAAAUACUUUGUUCA